UAAUGUGAUUUCUCUGGACAUCUUACUGGUCAGCUGCUGCACAAGAAACAGAAAAACAUUCAACAGCAUGAAGCCAGUUAUUGUUGUUCAUGGUGGAGCUGGUCGCAUCUUUAAAGAGCGGGAAGAUGGAAGUCGUUCUGGUGUCAUCAGAGCAGCAUUGAAAGGUUACAGUAUCCUUAAACAAGGAGGAACUGCAUUAGAUGCAGUUGAAGAAGCUGUGGUAUUAAUGGAAGAUGAUCCACAUUUUAAUGCAGGUUGUGGCUCUGUGUUAAAUGAGAAGGGUGAAGUAGAAAUGGAUGCUAUUAUCAUGGAUGGGAAAAAUCUAGCCUCAGGAGCAGUAUCAGCCGUGAAAUGUAUUUCUAACCCAAUAAAGCUUGCUCGUCUUGUAAUGGAAAAGACGGACCACAUGUUGCUGACUGACCAAGGGGCCUCUGCUUUUGCUAGGGCCAUGGGAAUUCCUGAGGUUCCUGGAGAAAAAUUAAUCACUGAAAGGUCAUUGGAGAGGUGGAAGAAAAACCUUGAGGCUGACUGGAACCCUCAAGAAUGUCAAAAAGACCUUGGAACAGUUGGAGCGGUUGCUAUCGACAGUGCAGGAAAUGUAGCUUGUGCAACAUCAACAGGAGGACUUACUAACAAACGGCUUGGCCGCGUUGGUGAUACAGCAUGCAUAGGAAGUGGUGGUUAUGCAGAUAAUAGCGUUGGUGCCACCUCCACCACUGGCCAUGGAGAGAGCAUUAUGAAAGUGAUUCUGGCAAGACUUACUCUUUACCAUAUGGAGCAAGGGAAAUCACCAGGAGAGGCUGCUGAUGCUGCUCUAGAUUGUAUGAAAACCAGAGUUGGAGGCUUAGGCGGCGUCAUUGUUAUUAGCAGUUCAGGGGAGUGGGCUGCUAAGUUCUCUACCAACCAGAUGUCCUGGGCUGUUGUGAAGGAUGACCAGCUACAGUCUGGCAUUUAUACUGGGGAGAGGAAUACACAGUCCGUUGAAGAAGCUCUUGCCUCCAUUGGAUCCUAGAAAUGAGGAAGGACACCCUCUCAGAAAAAGGCAAGCACUUUUUCCAGGGUUACUGCCUUGUGAGCAGAGAGUAUCCGAUCAGAAUUUUUAUUCUAGAUUAUGUAUGUUUAGUUCCUAUUUGUAUUUGAUUGAUCAAAUAAUUUUGACUCAUUAUGUAUUUUCAUUUUCAUUCUUCUGAAUAAAGGUUCUUCAGAAACUUGUAUUCGAUGGAAUUUCAUCAGCUUCUUGAUAUGUGAUACAUCUGCAUGGUGUCAAAUGAUAACUUGAAGAGUAUGCUUAUCAUUCAGAAAAUGAAUAUAAUUAUAGUAGAGGGGACUUUAUGUACUGGAAUAUCUGUAUGUCAUUAUCUCAUGUUUAUAAAUACAUUAAAAUAUAAACAUAAAGGAAAAAGCAAACUUAUUUAAUACUGAUUAAAGACAAGCAACUGAUAGAUCAAGUUUUGGGCUGUGGUCAUACCCACAGCUGGAGUAUGUUUUAUUGAACGCAAAGAGAGAGGUGGGUGUCAAGCCUACAUUGCACUAUUAAUUACUCUCUUUAACUAAACUUGAAUGGUUUUCUUUUAAGGCUUUCUCUAUGAAAUUACAAUAGUGUUUUAUGGAAAACCCAUUCUGAAACAUUAAGAAAUGAAAAUGAAAAAUGUGUUUCUCUGUAUAGAGAUUUU